AUGGUUUGUUAGCGGUGUGUGUGUGUUAUUGUGUGACUCACUCGGGAUUGUUGUUAGGGACGCCACAGCUUCCUGUUGAUGCGCAGAUGGGAUUAGAGUGACAUUGUUAUAACCCGAGAGAGAACUCGCAGAGAUGUACGGACAGGUGGUGCUGUGGACUCAAACACUAUGACUUCAAGGGCUGUCACUCAACUCUGCUGUAACCACAGACCCUGGCUGCACUUGAGCGGCCAUCGAACAUGCGCGUCAUGCUGAGAAAGAAAACGGCACUAUGAACCGAUACGCUGCCCUCCGGCAGCUUGGCGACGGCACGUAUGGCUCAGUCACACUGAGCCGCUGCCUGGAGUCUGGUGAGCUUGUUGCCAUCAAGAAAAUGAAAAGGAAAUUCUAUUCUUGGGAGGAGUGCAUGAAUCUCAGGGAAGUCAAGUCCCUGAAGAAACUUAACCAUGCCAACGUGAUCAAGCUGAAGGAGGUAAUCCGGGAAAACGAUCAACUUUACUUUGUGUUCGAGUAUAUGAAGGAGAACCUCUACCAGCUAAUGAAAGAAAGGUCACGGAUGUUCCCCGAGUCUGCAGUGAGGAAUAUCAUGUUUCAGAUUCUACAGGGGCUCGCAUUCAUUCACAAACAUGGCUUUUUUCAUAGAGACUUGAAGCCAGAGAAUCUUUUGUGCAUGGGUCCUGAGCUGGUGAAAAUCGCUGACUUUGGACUAGCUCGAGAGAUCCGAUCUUGUCCUCCUUACACUGAAUAUGUAUCAACAAGAUGGUAUCGAGCUCCAGAAGUGCUCCUGAAGUCCAAAAGCUACAGCUCUCCGAUAGACCAGUGGGCCGUAGGGUGCAUCAUGGCUGAACUCUACACGCUCAGACCUCUGUUUCCCGGCUCCAGUGAGGUGGACACUAUUUUCAAGAUCUGCCAAGUUUUGGGAACUCCCAAAAAGAAUGACUGGCCUGAAGGGUCCCAGCUGGCUGCCUCCAUGAAUUUCCGCUGGCCACAGUGUGUGCCCACCAGCCUAACUACCCUGAUUCCCAAUGCCAGCUCUGAAGCCAUUCAGGUGAUGAGAGACCUGCUGCAGUGGGACCCUAAAAAAAGACCAGCGGUUGGUCAGGUCCUGCGCUAUCCCUACUUUCAUGUGGGUCAGGUCCUAGGCGCACCACAGCAGAUUCAGGAUCAAGGACAAACUCAGCCUCCGCAACUCAGGCCUGACCAUUCUCAUCAGAUCCCACCGAUCGCUUUACCUGAAACAGCCCAUAAACUACAACACGUUCCAGAGCCACCUAAAAGACUAGGAAAGGCAGAGGUCAAGACGGACAGGACCGUGCAAAGCCGCUUCCCUAUAAUACAUGACAAAGGCUUGCAAAGCAAGCUUACUCCAGAACCUGAAAAUGCAAAUUUGUCUAGCAGUUUAUCAAAACCUAAAGCAGGCCGCAGGAGGUGGGGUUAUGCGACCGGUGUAUUAAAGAAAGAGGACUGGGAUGAUUAUGAGGACAUGGACGCUAAAAUCACCUCUCUGAAUAAACCUGUUUUUAUCAGCAAGGAAAAACAGCUUCAGGGAGACAGCAGCGUCGGCAGGCUUGGAAACGUUUUGGACUUCAGUCUAUCCAGCGCCAGGAGAGAAGGGGCUACAAAUGUAAAUAACGCGCUGCCCUUCCAGGAGCCAUCCAGGACGGCGUCAGCCAAACAGCAUUACCUGAAGCAAUCAAGAUAUUUACCAGGGUUAAACACGAAGAAGAAUAUAGCAGUUAAUGCAGCGAAGGACUACAGUGGGAACAUGUGGGAGGGCAGCAGAGUUCCUGUCGGAGGGACGCUUCCUGUCAGGGGCAACCACGGUGUGCGUGCACUCGGAUACUUGCCCUCAGUUUAUAAGAAUGAGGUUGGUUCAGGUGGCCAAAGAGUGCAUCUCACACCAGUUGAUUCAACACCCUCAAAUUAUGCAACAUGGAAAUCAAGCAGGUCAAAUAGUCACACAGGCACGUCAUCGUACGUGGCGUCCCCCACCAAGAGCACACCCGGCGCCCGAGCUCCUCUGCAGCCUGUUCACGGUCGCACCGACUGGUCGGCCAAAUACGGCCAGCGCUAGACUGUUCGUAGCACAAUCGCCGCUUUCCUCUACCCCACGAUUUUCACAAUAUACAGCAAUAAUCUUUUACAUUCCUCUGUGUAAAUUUUGUCUAAAGUUUUUAUAUUGAUUUUUGCAAAAUAUGCACAAAAAUCUCAGUGGUCAUGUCAAUGUAUGUGUUGCAAAUUUUUCUUUUAUCCUGCAUAAUCCCUGGAAAAAAAAGAGUAUGCAUUAAUGUACAUUUGCAGAUAUUCAAGGUCUUAAUUUUACAUUUUUUAAACUGUAUUUAUAGAUGUCUCCUUUGUCAAGUCUUUUUCUCCUGUAUAUUAGGCAGUGUUAGUUAACAUGGUGUUAAUUGAUUGAAUACUGACAUGCUUGUCACUACUUUAAAAUGGUUUUAUUAAAAUGAAAAUAA